AUGACGCCCACUUGGAACCAGGCUCUGGUGCGCAUCGCCUCCGCCAAAGAUCCGACCACUCUUCCCACAGACGACAGGGUGCUGUUCUACGACGAUCUCACAAUCACCAUCUAUGACAAGUUUGCAAAAGCUCAGUACCACUUUCUAGUGCUCCCACGCAUCCCCUUCAGACCAUCUCUAUCCGCGUCCGCCUCAAUCCCACAACAGGGCGCACCCACGCUCUCUGCUUCAAAUGGGAAGCUCAACUUUGGAGCUACCAGCAGCAACAAUGUGCCCGCAAGUCACAUGAAGAGCAUCUCGAGCGUUCUGGCCAGUCCCUACGCCGGUCAAGUGCUCGAAGCUUUACGGACAGCAAGCGAGCGUGUGGUGCAACACAUACGCGACGAUAUGAAGCAAAACUAUGAUGUGGCGUGGGACGUCGAAAGGGCUUUUCACUCGGUGCCCAGUAUGGAGCAUUUGCAUCUGCACGUGGUAUCGAUGGAUCUGGUGUCGGACCGACUCAAACACAAGAAGCACUACUUGUCCUUCCAUCCGUCGGUCGGCUUUGCUCUGCGGUUGGACAAAGUUCAGGAUAUGGUUAGAGAAGGCAAGAAGACUUUGCCCAAGAGCGAAGGCACUUACGAGAGGCUGUUGAGAGGUCCGCUGGAAAGUCAUCAUACGUGUCAGGUGUUUCGCUUCUUUCCAGAGCUCAAGGCUCAUUUGGAUAUGUAUUGGCGCCAAAAGAUCCUGCCCACUGGGGUACAGCCGGAAGCGCUUCAAGAGACGGCAAAGACAUAUGGCAAGAGGGAUGCCUCUGAUUUAGCAGGAGGAGCAGCAAGUGCUUCUGAUAAGGGUACAGCCCAGCGUCCGCUGCAGAGUCGCAAGGUGGAGCUAGCCAACACUGCCGCUGAAGACUCGACGGGCUCGGAUGACGAAGAGGUGUCGCUACCGACGCGGUAA